AUCAAUACGACAGCGUUGUGGGACAUAUUGAAGGGUGGCUUUUUUUAGUGAUAUCUAACCACUGCGAGCCGGCCGUUAAUGCAUUUUUAGAUAAAACCAGCAUUGUCCCACUUAUUUAUCAUCCCUUUUGUAUGGGAAAAUGUAUUUAGCUGCACAUAAUCGAAGAACAAAAAAAAAAAACACCAAAAAUGUUUGUUCGAAAAAGCUGCUACCCGUUGAUAAACGCCACGAGAAGAUGUCUCCGGUAUCGCCAGCUAAGCUCUAACACGGCCGGAACCGACGGCACAACAGCACCAACAGCCAACAUUACCUUGAACGAUGAGCCACAGCCGGCAGCAGACGAGAUGGACGAGUUUACGAAAGAGUUUCUUCGCAAUCGAAUUGAAGUCAGCAACAUUCAAAGGCUAAUUUUAAGCGCCGGAAGCUCCGUCGCCGCUUUAGUCGAUCCGCGAAGACAUGAUAUGAUCGCUUGCCUGGGGGAAACGACUGGGCGGGAGGCGUUGGAAAAAAUGCUCCACUACAUGAGAUCAACCGAGGAGGGACAACGGAUUCUGGCGGAGAAACCGCGCAUCAAUACGCGCACGGUGGAUAUGGAGGCGCUAAAGAAGAUGCCAGUGCAUACGUUCGGUUACACAUACGUCAAGUUUAUGGAAGAUAAUAAUAUUACACCCGAUUCACGUAUGGAGGUGCGAUUUUUGGACGAGCCAGAACUUGCGUACGUCAUGACCCGAUACAGGGAAACGCACGAUAUGGUACACGCGAUCCUCGACAUGCCCACCAACAUGUUGGGCGAGGUAACGGUCAAGUGGGUGGAAGCGUUAAACACCGGUCUACCGAUGUGCUAUGGCGGUGCCGUCUUUGGUGCCUUUCGGCUUCGUACCAAACAAAGACAAAACUAUCUGCGAAAGUAUCUGCCCUGGGCCCUCCGGACGGGCAAUCGGAUCAAACCACUGAUGGGCGUGUACUGGGAGAAGCGAUGGGAGCAGGAUGUAACGGAACUACGCAAAGAGUUAGGCAUUGAGCUCUUGGCACCGUAGACCCAUCCGCUUUCGCGUUUGCAUCGUAUUAUAACAAAACCAAAUCGCAAUAGUGAGACGUUCGUUUGUAGUUAUUAUUUAAAAACCCCGUUUUUUUGUC